CGUUCUUUCCCAGUUUUAAACUUUAUUACCUAAUGUUGGGUUGAAAGAGAUAUGUUUAAAGGUCUUAGAGGACUGAAACUGACUUCCAAGAAAAAGCAGGAAGACGGAGGAACAGCGGGAAACCAAGAAGGAAAGAAAACAAAACCACCAAGACCAGUUAAACCUCCAAAACAUAAGGUCCCAGCUCUGAAGAAAUUCAAAGAAACUAUGGGGAAUCUUACACCGUCCAUGUUCCAUGGCCAACACUACAUUGAAAACAUUGAAGAACAUGCUACGAAAGUACUGGCAGAAUUGGAGCUAAUGAGGCAAAACGAAACAUUGUGUGAUGUCACAGUGACUAAGUGUGACGGCACAAAGAUGAAAGCUCACAAAAUUGUCGUAUCGUUCAACGAAAAACUAUUACAGAUGACGAUGCAGCCUUCAGAGGAAACAGAACGCCAAGUGGAAAACGACGUCACGUACGGCGUGCAUAACAAAGGUUUCAAUGAAAACGGAAAAGAAGAAACAACAUCGCCUAUAAUGUCAGAUGAUGAGGUUGAACUCAACCAUCUUCAAUCCGUAACCAGUGAAAACGAUUUAGUAAAGGGUUUAAACGGCGAUGACGUCAUCACCCGGGAACGACCCGCCUCGCCAGAGCAAAUGCAAACGGAUAAUAUGACCUUAGUAAAUGGAGAUUCUAAAGAAGUGAAAGAGAACAAAUCGGAUGAAGUAGAGAAUAAGAAAGAUGACGUAACGGAAAAUUCUGAUGACGUCACAGAAACUCAAAGUGAAUCUAAUAAAACGGAAACUGACGUUAAUGGAACAGAAACAGAAGAAUCAGAAAAGAAUACCGGGGAUGAUGCAGUCACUGAAAACGGCGAAACUGAAACGCCCGAAAAUACUCUUCCGUCCUCUCUAGUGGAAGAACUCACUACACCUACAAGUGAACAAGCUGAUUCCGAAAAUGCAGACAAAACUGGGAAUACCCAAGUUGUCUCGACAAGCGAAACGACUGUAAUAAACGGAAUUGAUGCGAAGUCUGCAAAUUUCAAACGAUCAGACACAUGUGACGUCACCAUUGAAGGUGAUGACAUCAUCAGUCCUACGUCAUUUGAAGAUCCAUUGGAAGUCAUCAUCAACUUUUUCUACACUUCACAUAUUAAUAUUACACGAAAGAACGUCACAAAGUUACAAGUAGUUGCUAGGCAAUGCGGAUUGGAUGACGUCACAAUGGCAUGUGACGAGUUUGAAAAUGUUCUUAGGACCGAAACAGAAAGUAUGGAGACGCCGGAAGAAAAAGAUGCAGCAGCCUCGCAGUUCAGGUACCAAUACUCCGAACCCACUAUGGCGGUCAAGAUGCUGGAGCACUUUGAGAAAUUGCGCAGUCACACACGUCAUACUGACGUAAUCGUGAACUCACCGAACACAUCACUCAAAUUUCCUGCUCAUACUGUACUCUUGGUUGCCUCAUCAAAAUUCUUUGCUGAAAAGUUUGUAAACUGCAAUGAUGUCAUCAAAACGGACGUCACAACAGAUGGUGACGUCACACAUGAAGUUCAAGCCCCAGAUUAUAAAGAUUCCAUACUUCAAGGAAUGUUACAUUACUUUUAUACCGCCAAAGUUUCAGUGACGUCACAUAACGUACGUCAUCUUAUGGAUGCAGCGAGCAGUUUCAAAUGCAGUGACGUCAUCGAGGGGUGUGCCGAGUAUCUUGAGAGAACGAUAUCGGUUCAAAACUGCAUUGAGAUUCAAUCCACUGCAGAAAAGUAUGAUUGCUCCCAUUUGAAAAACGUUGCUGUUCGAUUCAUAGAGGCAAACUUCCUUGCUGUAGCGAAAACAAAAGAGUUUCUUACUGUGACGGGUGAAUGGAUUUCAAGUAUUGUUUCAUCACAGCGACUCACGGUAGAUUUUCCCGCUUCAGAAAGUGAAUAUCAAAUAUUUGAAGCAAUUAGGAAAUGGGUGAACCAUGACCUCGUGAACCGGAAAGCGGAAGUGAACGAGGUUAUGGCCAAUGUACGCAUUCCUCUUAUCAGCGACCAACAUCUAAUCAAUGAUAUCAGUACUGAUUUAUUGAUAAUGGAGAACGACGCAUUAUGCAACCGGAUAUCCGGAAUCGUAACCGGAAAAUCAGCUUGCAAAUUUGAUGAGCACGUUGCAAUGAGAGGAGAGCGAGAAUUUGUGCUGAUGAUCGGAGGAAGUGCUCCCGUGGUUGACGAGACAAGCGAAGAUCGAGGAUAUACAGCAGUCGCAUUUAGCGAUUACGUCACUAUGUGUGACGUCAAAAAUGGACAAAUGAACGAACUGACGUAUUUACCAGAAACAAGAUCUCUUCAUUGUGCCCUCAUGGUAGACCAUUACGUUAUAAUCGCUGGAGGAUUUGAUAAAUAUUCUUGCAUCACAAAUGAAGUUUAUGCUCUGGAUCUGGCAACUAUGAUUUGGAAUAAGCUACCCAAUAUGAAGGUCAAACGAGGUUGCUUCACCCUUCAAUAUCUCGAUGGAUACAUAUAUGCCGUUGGUGGUCUGACUCCUACUGGCUACUCCAACAAAGUCGAAAGAUACAACAGAUCCAAAAUGAAGUGGGAAUACGUAGCUCAACUACCAAGGACUUAUUACAGACACGGCGGGUGCGUCUACCACGGUGAAAUCAUCAUUACUGGAGGGAACGAUAAAUCGACCGACACUCUGAAGUAUACGCCAUCUAGCGACAGUUGGCGUCCUAUGAAGCCGAUGAACCAGGGAAGAGACUCCCAUGCUAUGGCUACAGCGUUGGACAAAGUUUAUGUUUUAGGUGGAGACAUCAAAGUCUUAUCAGUAGAAGAAUACAAUUCAUCUUCGGAAUGCUGGCAGCUCCUACCUUUCAUGUAUUCCGAACCUGUAUAUCUGCCUGGGGUCACAGUACUAAACGAUAAAAUAUAUUUGAUUGGUGGAUGGAGAGGAGAUGAUGACGGACAUGAUGACGUCAAAUGCUUCGACCCUGCAACAGAAACUUGGACUCCUAUGAUGAUGUUUUUACCGUUUCCGCGAGGAUCAUUAUCAGCAACGGUCGUGCAAUUGCCGCGAAGUUAUGUCGGGAAAUUUUAUUAAAAGCACAACCUCAGAAGAUUGUGAUUAUUUUAGAAUUUAAAUAGAAUCUAUCUGCGCUUUUUAUCUCUUUUUAUACGUCGAUGUUUCACAAAAAGUGAGGCUUUGUAUAAGCCAUCACUAAUAUAUACUGAACUAAUACUUUUUGUUUUGAAAUGAUCCAAAUAUUACCAGUUUAGCAUUAUCUCUAAUCAAUUAAUUACACAAGAGGCGUACCCAUGAAUUUCCAAAGAGAGGGUUGUUUCAAAUUUCUGAAAUUUCAAAUUGCCGAGUUACGUCGUGACUGCAAGCGGGUCUGGAUUUUUAGGAGUUUUGAGGGUUUCAAGAGCGUUUAAAGCUACGAAAUAUUGCUAUGUAUAUUGCAGAAAAAAUGCUUUUAUUUACAUUUCGAAAAGGGGAUUCGUCGAUAAAACGGCUGAAUCAUAUGGAAAACUACGGCUUUUCUUAGGUUACCAGUUCAAUUUUUGUUUGGAAUAGUUAACCAUUUUGUUUCAACAUACUCAUGAACUUUAAAAGUGGAAAAAGCCUAAACGAAGGGUAAAAAGUUACGCAAACCACCUUAGGACGACGAAAAGUCCAGAUUUUUUGUGAAUAAUUAAUUGUGAAUUUAACAUAUUAAUUUAUGUCAAAAAAGUAUUUUCGGGUAGCGCCCGCAUUGUGUUUUUCAAUCUCUCUGUAUAGUUAUAUUUGGUUUUUGCUAUUUUUGAUUUACCAUCAUGAACGUUAUGGAAUGCAUUAACAAUUUAUCUUUUUUUGCUGUAAAUUGAAUUUUUCUUAAUUAAUAAAAUGUCUAAAAUGUAA